UAUGUUUUUCGGAAAUUAUUUUUCAUAGAACCUUGACCGGCAGUUAUACCAUUUUUUACUUCAUCGAAUGGAAUAUUGUUUCAUGAACUGAAAAUUAGUGGUUUGAGUGGUUUGAUCAUUAAUCCGAUUAUUAAGACAUUGGUAAUAAUUGUCUUUUUUUUUUUUUUAAAUAUAGUUAUCCUUGUUACAUUUACUUUUUUUCUAAUACAAUUGUGACACUAGGCUAUUUUUGAGGUGUGUUAAAUAUACUUUUGAUUCCUUUAUAAGUAAUUUUUUUUAAAAAGAAAGUAACUUUUAUCCAUAAAGAAAGUGGCAUGCUUAUAGGGUCUACCGUAUGCACCAAGUAACAUAUUAUACUUGGUGAAAGCAGUGAAGCAUAACCCAAAUGUAAACCACCCCAUGUUUCCAACAUCCUAACUGAAAAAAACCGCUCACUUGAUAACUUCCCUGUCCCAUAACCUUAGUAACUGCCCUCACUCCUACAUAAACGCCACAGCCUCCAUUUUUACAAUUUUUCCUUCUUUCAACUCUCCAUUGUCUCUUUGAUAUUUUCUUCUCUCUUUUCUUUUUACUGAAAAUGAACGAAAACAUUGAUUCUGAUCAUGGGUUUCGAUUCCUUUCUUCUGUUACCCAACAUAACGUCACUGUGAAUUAUGAUCCAAAACCCCGCAAGAAACGUACAAAAGUGGUAAAGGUCGACGUUGGUCAAUUCCCGACUUGUUCUAGCACCACCGUUUCCAGGCCUAAAUAUACCAAAAAACCUGACCCUGCUGCACCAAAGAUUACACGUCCUUGCACUGAAUGUGGCAAGAAGUUCUGGUCAUGGAAAGCACUUUUCGGACACAUGCGAUGUCACCCUGAGCGACAGUGGCGUGGAAUUAACCCCCCUCCUAAUUAUUGCCGCCCUGUUAAACCCGCAAGUAAUGUGGAGACCUUGAUGACUGAGGACGAUCAUGAAAUUGCAGCCUCCUUACUGAUGCUGGCAAAUGGUUCCACCGCUAGUGAGAGCGAAUGUGGUACAAGUUAUCGACCCGGGGUUCAAGAAACCGAAGCUUUUUCUCAACAUUUGGGUACAAAUAUCCGUUUCGAAUGCUCGAGUUGCAAGAAAGUUUUCGCGUCACACCAAGCAUUAGGGGGUCACUGGGCUAGCCACAAGAAUGUCAAGGGUUGUUUCGCGAUAACAAGAAGCGAGGGCUACGAUGUCAAGGAUCAUAGCUGUGAUGAGGAUAAGAUGAUGAUGGUGUUGGGUCACAAAUGCAGCAUUUGUUGGAAGUUGUUGUCUAGUGGUCAAGCCUUAGGUGGGCAUAAAAGGUAUCAUUGGGGGAAAGGGGAUGAUGAGGCAUCAUCACUCAACCUUUUGACAGCAAAGGAAGAUUGUGGAUUGGACCUGAAUUUACCACCUGCUCCUCUUCAAAAUGAUUCAUAUCCCUCAGGCUUAGCUUUGGAUUUGAGGUUAAGUCUCUGAAGAACUAAAGUUGUAUGUGACUUGUAACCUAGGAUUAGAAUUAUUCUGUAUACUCGUAUAUUUGACACUGAUUUCCUUUUUAUUUAAACACUAAACCCAACUUAGUACUAUGUUUAAAUAACAUUUCCAAAUUUUUAUUUGCUUUUUGAUC